AUGAAUCGUCAACAAUCCAAGUUGCUCUACCAUCGCCUCAUGCUCCCCGACUGGCUGCGUAAGAAUGCAGAGUGGAACUCUCCUAAGGAAGGGAAUGAGUUGAAUCUCGAUAUUUUACCCGACUCUUCCGACUGGGAGAACAUCUUCCGAGUUCCUCUCAUUCCAAGCGGCGAGUUGAGUAAUGAGGAGGACAUCACUGUCAAGAUGAAGGUGGGCGUCGUUUUGCCCGAGCCUCAGAAGCCCCGGGACCCGAUGUCCUACAUGAUAUCCGACGGGGACUUUUCUGUGGGAAUUCAGCUCUUGGAUCCCAACCACGAUUACGCCACAUUUGGUCCCUACCGAGCUGUUGAAGGCGAGUCCGCCAGAGCCAAGUUGCGAAACCCAAAUGUAGAAGUUGCGGCGACUGUUUCUUCCACUUCAAAAAAUAACCCUGAUCAGUUUGAGCUGACGUUCAAGCCCUCCGAGAUGUUUGGAUCUGCCUACUGCGCCAUAGAUGACGGCCACAAGAUUGUCGCUCGGUAUUCUGAUACCCUGAGCCUCAGGAAGGGGCUGACCUUUGAGUUGUAUCGCUUUAAAAGCACUGAAAGGUACACCAUCAAUUACAUCGAAGUCACCAUAUACAAGGACUCCAUGUGA